GCCAGGUCAAUGCUCCCUUCACACGAGUGUAGGUUGUAAACCAGUAUACAGCUGCGAGCGCUGAAUGCUGCAUUAUAUUCUGCCUGCAUAUAGUGCAUCCACGUACGUGCUCCCUGUAGGAAAACAGGUUGUGGACACGUAACAUUUCCUACCUCGCGCCCGGCGCACAAUCCGCCGUAUUUGCCGGCAUACAGACGGGUAUUUAAUGGCAGACAGACAGGUUUUACCUGCGAGUUUGUGCCAGAUAAAAACAGCGUUAGCAAUAGCGAUCGGUGCGAAAUAGCAGCGGUGACAAACGAACUCGACGGAUGUACUGAGUGAGCGAAACGUCCGAUGUCAUAACGCCGCUCUUUCGAAACGUUUAUCGCAAGGGCACGCCUCGCGCUGUCUGGUUUCGACACGGAACUGUGCAAGCAUCGGUAAACAGCUAUUAUAGCUAUCACUCCAUAGAUUUCAGCAUUCACUCGGUACGACAACGAUGGCCAGCUGGAACUGCGAUUCCACGCGGGUGCUUGGAAUAGUUUGGACUCUCUGCCUCCUCACCUGCGCCGUGCAGUCGGUGUCGAAUCACAACUACUACGACGAGGAUAACGUCAAACGCGGUUCAUCGGAGAAACGUGCAUACGUCAUCGCGCUGAGGAACCCUCUCGCCAAAUUCAUCUGUCCUCGCGGGUAUUUCAUCUCGCGAAUCAGCUACGCUUUCGACAACAACAGAGGGACACGCUCUGCAGGAACAGUGCUGCGUGUCACACCUGGGUUCUCUGCACGUGCGGGAGCGGGACGUGGGCCGUGUCCGACGCUGUCAUCGUGCCUGGGUCACGUCGGCUGCGUGUUCAAACUAUGUGUCGAGUUUUGCCAGUCCGACGCAAUUUUCACGCCAGGAUACAGACAUCUUUCACAACAAAAUUCACAUCGACGAAGUAUUUAAUGUAAAAUGCCCGCCGGUAACGGAGGCGGGGGUUCUUGGAUUUAGAGGGGAUUGUUUUACACCACCACCACAGCAGAAGCAGGUGGCUAAUGCACUGUGGCAUACUUUAGUCAGGAUACCAUCACAGACGUGUCGGCAAGAAGUUGUCGAUUUCUUCUGUUCGUGGCAAUACAACCAGAGAGGAUUAUGCGCCGCACCUACGUUCGUGAACACAACGGUCGACUCUAGUAGCCUCGUUUUCAACAAGAUAGUUCUUCCCCAACAAGGAAGCUGGGCAGACACCACAACAUAUCGUAAAGUUCAAAAGGAUCCACAUAUGGGCCUGAUUCCAACGAGAUUAGGCUUCAUUAUAUUAGCCCACAAUGGCCUAGAAGCAGUGUUGCAACUGAUAAAAGCCGUGUACAGGCCAGAGCACUACUACGUGGUGCACGUUGAUCUCAGACAACCUCAGUUCAGGACGCGUUUAUUGGAGGCUCUGGCUUCAUUUGCUAAAGAUAACUUACAAGUACUUGACGCAGAGCGAUCCUUCAUCACAAACUGGGGCGCUUACGGCAUCGUGCGUGCCGAGCUAGAGGCCAUGGAGCAGCUCUUGCGCAUGGGAACCUGGGACUUUGUCAUCAACCUGAGCGGCAGCGACAUGCCUGUUCGUCCCAUUGAAGACCUUUCAGCAGCACUUGCGCCCUACCGAGGAAAUAAUUUUGGGGCAUAUCUAAAGCCUCGCCACACAAGAUGGAAUGCAAAUAUAGGCGAUGUGACAAGUUCCGGUUAUGCAUGGUACACUUGCGGUGACUACCUGUACAAGGUGUGCACACGGAAAUUCCCUGAGAAUGCCGACAUAGCGCAUUCAACGCAGUGGUACAUACUGAACCGGGGAUACGUGGAGCAUCUCCUGUCUGUAGAUGGUAGAAAACUUCUUGGAUGGCUACAGUAUACGGCGAUGACUCUUAGCAUUCCUGAUGAAAGCUAUUUCCUGACCAUGCUGCGCAACUCUCAUCUUAGCGAUACAUUUGUACAAGGGCAUCACCGAUACACGGCUCCGAUGCAAGUGCACGACGCGAAGACAUUAUACCGCCGACUCAAUGCAUCUGAUAUUAUGUCUAUGGGGCCAAGAGACUUCACGAUCAACGAUGUUCCACACCUACUGACGAUGUUUCAUACUGCAUUCUUCGCUCGCAAGUUUUCCCUGUCUGCUGACGACCCUGUUCGUAGAACCGUUGUUAAAUGGUUGCUCACCGACUUUGAGCGAACGCAGAAACGCGCAGUGCCAGAUGAGUUGAUACGAAAGUUGGCUAAGCUCGCGCUAAAGAAGCUGAACGAUCAAGGAGAGUAUGCGCUUGCGUAUAAGGUCGAUGUGUGGAACUGGAAACUAUUGCCGCGAAUGAUGCCGCGUGACAACUGCUGCCUGCAUCAAUUCUCUGCACACCAAACGUCCAAUGGGCUCGGCCGACUGGAUGAAUAUAUAUACCUGAUUGAUUUUACUGCGAAUGAGAAGAAAGCUAAUGCCGUCGUUACGCUCCGAGCUGCUGUAUCUCAGAAGCCAGCUUUUCAAUGCUACUCAUACGGCCACCUGAGAGCUAUACACCUAUCAACCCGUCGUUUUAACCCUGUUAGCGAACGCACAUACACUAUGAACCCGCCCACAGAAACUCUAUGGUUCACAAUCUUCUUUGAUGUCAACGUAACCCCACCAUCUUGCAAAGGGUUAGAUGAUCCAAACAAGCAGUAUCUGGAAUUCCCGGCAUUAGACAAGGACAACAUGAACUCUGAUGUCUUAUCUUUUACCAUGCAACUUUACACGCCGGAGGGUACUUUGCAGUGUCAGCAGAAAUUAAAGCACGCGUGGAACAAGGGAACCGUGAUGAAAAAGUUCGAUUACCUCAACGUCUCUAAACUUGAUGGCAGAUUCGACUGUGGGCGUCUUCACGAAGGCACGUGGCUUGUUAAAAUACUGCAGAUUGGCGGCAAAAUCCCCUUCACAUAUGAACAAGAAGUUGAGAUAACCAAAUCACCAUCUGAAACGUGGGAGAAUAUAAACCAAAAUGAUCUGAAGAGACUCUGGCGUGUUGAUGACGUCAUGGUGUUGCCUGCAGCAAACUACUACGAUGAAUCAGCGAGGAAUCAAGAUUCGGAUGCUGUUGUAAUCGAUAUAGAUGAGCGGGUGAAUUUGGCAGAUCAACUGGCAGAUUUGGUAAAGCAUCAGCUGGAUGCGUCAAAUGAUAAGGCGCAGCCCAACAGACACGAGAGGUCUGAUCAUGCCAGCAAAGCUACACAUCCUGUACCUUCUUCCAAUGACAAUGAGGAUAAAGCAGAUAAAAAUGGAGUUAAGAGUAAGAAAGUAUCUCAACUUGAUGAUGUAGAAGAGGUGAUACUAGACAGUGAACAUCGUCCCAUAACUACGACAGGCAAAAAACAGCACGUUGACUAUCUCAACGAGCCAGCUAUUGUUGAUGAAGGACAUUUAGAUGUGACGUUUCCCACAAGGAAGCAGUUAGACGUUAUCAUGCAAGAUGCUCUAGACCAGCCAGUAGAUGGCGCAGGGAGCGCUCCUCAACGAUGUCCCUUCCAUCCAGUUGAACCAGAUGAGGAACCAGUAUUAGUAGACACAAAGUAUGAACGUGAUGUAUUAUAUGAUAAGGAUAAGCUCUCACACAAAUCUCUANUUGAUGAUGUAGAAGAGGUGAUACUAGACAGUGAACAUCGUCCCAUAACUACGACAGGCAAAAAACAGCACGUUGACUAUCUCAACGAGCCAGCUAUUGUUGAUGAAGGACAUUUAGAUGUGACGUUUCCCACAAGGAAGCAGUUAGACGUUAUCAUGCAAGAUGCUCUAGACCAGCCAGUAGAUGGCGCAGGGAGCGCUCCUCAAAGCUGUCCCUUCCGUCCAGUUGAACUAGAUGAGGAACCAGUAUUAGUAGACACAAAGUAUGAACGUCAUGUGUCAAAUGAUAAGAAGAAGCUCUCGCACAAAUAUCAAGGUGAUGACGUAGGAGAUGUGAGACUAGACAGUGAACAUCGUCCCAUAACUACGACAGGCAAAAAACAACACAUUGACUAUCUCAACGAGCCAGCUAUUGUUGAUGAAGGACAUUUAGAUGUGAUGUUUCCCACAAGGAAGCAGUUAGACGUUACCAUGCAAGAUGCCCUAGACCAGCCAGUAGAUGGCGCAGGGAGCGCUCCUCAACGAUGUCCCUUCCGUCCAGUUGAACCAGAUGAGGAACCAGUAUUAGUAGACACAAAGUAUAAACGUGAUGUAUUAUAUGAUAAGGAGAAGCUCUCGCACAAAUCUCUAGUUGAUGAUGUAGGAGAUGUGAUACUAGACAGUGAACAUCGUCCCAUAAAGGUGGCAGGCCAAAAGCGUCACUUUGAUUAUCUCAACGAGCCAGCUAAAGUUGAUGAAGGACAUUUAGAUGUGAUCUUUCCCACAAGGAAGCAGUUAGACGUUAUCAUGCAAGAUGCUCUAGACCAGCCAGUAGAUGGCGCAGGGAGCGCCCCUCAAAGCUGUCCCUUCCGUCCAGUUGAACUAGAUGAGGAACCAGUAUUAGUAGACACAAAGUAUGAACGUCAUGUGUCAAAUGAUAAGGAGAAGCUCUCGCACAAAUCUCAAGGUGAUGACGUAGGAGAUGUGAGACUAGACAGUGAACAUCGUCCCAUAACUACGACAGGCAAAAAACAACACAUUGACUAUCUCAACGAGCCAGCUAUUGUUGAUGAAGGACAUUUAGAUGUGAUGUUUCCCACAAGGAAGCAGUUAGACGUUAUCAUGCAAGAUGCCCUAGACCAGCCAGUAGAUGGCGCAGGGAGCGCUCCUCAACGAUGUCCCUUCCGCCCAGUUGAAUUAGAUGAGGAACCAGUAUUAGUAGACACAAAGUAUGAACGUCAUGUGUCAAAUGAUAAGGAGAAACUAGAAAUACCAGAGGUGUCUGAUGACAUGCGCACAUCUCUACAUAACGUGCGGUUAACCGCGAACAAUAUGGAUGUUAAUGGCCAAUCAAGAGGCGAGCAGGCGAAGCAAACAGCGGCUCCAGAGUGCAGACAGGCAGCCGAAAGUAGUUCUGACUUCGUAAACGUGGAUGCGCCAACUGAGCAUACACACGAAACCUGUACCCGUCCUCCGCGUGAUUCGGAGUCAGAUGAUGACGGCGGUGGCACCGCAGCUCGACCCGCGACGGCUGAGACAGCAGCACAUCGCAGACUCGAGGACGACCUUCGGAGCGACGCUGCACAUGCAUGUCCUUACACGAGAACUACUGACGCGGAAGCGGGCGCCAAAGAAAGUGAGGAGAGUUACGAGAACGGGGAAAAAGCAGCAGCUCGAAGUAGACAGUUUGAUGAUCGAGUUCAACCGCAGGAAACGUCUGGAGAGAAGCACGUUGUUACCGAUGAAGGGGGCAAGGGCACAUGCCACGAAUCGGUUGUGCGGCAAAGUUUGGUGCUGAUAUCAAUCGUGUCUCUGAGUGUCGCAAUUAAUCACAUCUGGUUUCGUCCAAAAAAGCCCGGUCGAUUGAAGAAACAGAGAAGGAAAGAAACUGAGAAAGAAUUGGUGCGCAAUAAUUGGUUUUUGAUGUGGGCGAUUGUCACAGCACUGAUAAUCGAGAUCUUCAUCUAUGUCUACCACUGCCACAUCAUAAUCACGUAUUACAGACAAAAAUGACCCAUUGUGUGAAACUCGCAAAGAUGAAGUAGCAGAAACCGUCUGGAAUUUUAUUAAUCUUAUACAUAUGUACAAAUUAAAAUAAACUUAAAAAACAUAGUUAUAUAAAUGCAAAUAAACACUGAACUGUAUUUUUUAAUUAGUCACAGAAUAGCUGGAGUGGCUUUUACUUGACGUCUUCCCAAAUAGCAGUGACGUAGUUGGUUUAGAAUCACUGAUUCCUGCCCCGUGCAGUUUUUGCCACGACGUUCCAAGUGUCAUUGUCGUAGCUGAAGGCAGCCUCAAGUUUAUUAUGUUUCUAUAAUUUCACGUUGCUCGGCAAUACACACGUAAUUAUAAUUAUAUCAGAAAACAGGCAACAUGCAGACACAGCACAUAAGCUUCGAAAGUAUUUUUAUACUGAGCAUAACAGUUAUCAUAUUUUAUACAGACCUCGUUGAGUCGUUCCUAUCUGCGCAUAACAAUUUUACGCGCAGUAAUACAUAUAGUAGAAACAUGUGAUUCCAAAAAUAUAUUUGCGCUCGGAAUAAUUGCUACCAUUCUUUCAUGAUAUUAUUAAUAUUAAAUAACAUCAGGGGUAAAGUCCUGCCUAUUAAUUA